UAUAAAAAAACAAGUUAAGAAACACCGUCAUAAGAAGUAAGACAAUAGUCAUGUAAGUACUUACUAGAAUAGAUAGUUUGAAGUGGAGAUGGACUGGGCAGUGGGCACAUGCUGCUCAGUACACAAAAGAAGUGGUGCAACAUAAUAUCAAACUGGUACCCUAGAGAGAUGGGAGAAGGAACAGAGGGAGACAAAGCAGGAAAUGGGAAGACGAAUUGAAACUGGCGGCGGGCCCGAAAUGGAGAAGGGUUGCUAGUGACAGAUUACAGUGGAAAUUGUUGGAGGAGGCCUUUGCCAAGAGGCACACUGAAUUAAGAGACAUUUCAUAAAUAAAACAGACACCACCAUGCAAAGAAAGCAAUUCAGGAUAAGAGGCUCAUUUUCAUAUGAGUGUGUAACUAUAUAUUAUGUAUAGAGAUGGAAAUGGGUCAUCGUAUAAAGACAAACGUUCAAACAUUGAUAUAGCAUUAUUAUCAACUGUCACGUCUUGUUGUAGGCUGUUCCUGUUUGUCUAAAUUUAGUCUGUGCGUUAUGCCGAAUGCUUAUCUCGAUAAAUCUUAGUCGAUGUAACAUUUGAUUAUUAAUUGUUUGAAUAUAAAACGUAAACGUACUUUAUUAUUAUGGCUUCAGGACUUGAAAAUUAUAUAAACCAAACAGUGUCAGUAAUCACCGCCGAUGGACGAAAUUUUAUCGGCACGCUCAAAGGUUUUGACCAGACUAUAAAUGUUAUUCUGGAUGAAUCUCAUGAAAGAGUAUUUUCCUCAUCUUCUGGUAUCGCACAAGUUGUUCUUGGAUUACAUAUAAUACGAGGAGACAAUAUUGCUAUAGUGGGCCAAAUCGACGAAUCUAUAGAUAGUAGAUUAGAUCUAGGUAAUAUUAAAGCAGAACCCUUAGGCCCUAUUGUACAUUAGAAAGCUAUUAUACGUGUUAUUAAUAAGAAUAAUAAUAAAUUUUGUUAUAAAUUUUA